AUGACUUCUCAAGCUCCGAGUCGUGAAUUCUGUCUAGAGUGUCGCUGGGAGGACUUCCAUAUUGAUGGAAAAGAUGAGACUAAAUCGGGCGACCAGCCUCGGUCCCAGUGGGACUGCCUAGACCAAGAGCAUCACACGGCGCUCGGUCCAAAAGCGCUUGGCCCUUGUGUGGUCGACGAGGCUUGCUGUGAUGUGGAUGAAUGUCAAGAUGGUUGCCAAGAUGACUGCCAGGAUGAGUGUCAGGAAGAUUGCCCGCUAGAUUGUGGGUCAGUAUGCGAUGGCUUUGUGGACUGCGAUGCCUCGACUAUCUGCUCCGUUGCCCAUUGCGACGAUACUCACUGUGAUGGGAACCAUUGCGAAAGCACGGACCCUGUCUGCUUCGAGGAUCACUGCUGUGAUGGCAUUGAGGAACAGAAUUGUGAAUUCGAUUCGUUCUUCGGUCUCAAUACGCCUCUGUCGUUGGACACCUCUAGCAUGUUGCCUUCUGCCUCCAUGGGCCAAGGCGUUGGUGAAUCUGGAAAAAUCCCUGAUCAUACCCUGCCGGCUGUCAUAGAUCCCUGCUACCAUCAAGACUUCCUGUCAUCGUACCAAGCCCACGCGAAUCACUGCGACCAAAGCGUCGCGAACCAUUUCGAGUGCCAUGACUUCCAGAAGGACUUGCAAGGAAUCUUCCCCGUGCAACAAAUGCCCACGCAGACUGAUGUCAACCCAGCCGACGUCUUCCAUCUCUUGGGAACCUGUCCAGAUUUUCCUAUCCAGCAAGACCAACUUCAUCAUGAACACACAAUUCCGAGUCCCUUUCAAGCCCCUAAAAGCAAUACGUCCGACCCCCUAAAUAUCUUCCAUGCUCAUCCCGAACACCAUUACCUACACGAACACAACCACGGCCACGGUCACGGCCACGGUCACUUCAAGAACCCUAAUGACCUGAACCUUCAAAUUAUCCGAGGACCUCAUCGUACCCACCAUCGGUGCAAAGCGCACCAACACGCCCAUGUCCACUCUUACUCUCCUUACUCCCGGCAGUCCAGGUCCAGCAUCAGUUCCCACUUUAUUUCAAGCCCUGGAGAAACUCCACCACCGCUGGACGGAGGUGUCUCAUCAAUCUUAACGACGCCCGAUUUCUCUGAGGACAAUGACAUUCAUAUGUGCAAAUGGUCAACAAAAUUACAUGGAGUUAAAACCCCAUGUGGAGCCACUUUCACUGAUGCUGGCGCUCUCCAGGAACAUCUUGUGUCUUGCCACAUGAACACAGUUGAUGGGGCCAAGGGCAACGGGUAUUACUGCUGUUGGGUUGGGUGUCAUCGGCCAGAUGAGCCGUUUUCACAAAAGUCGAAGCUGCAGGGCCACUUUCUGACACACAGCAACUACAAGAAUUUCAGGUGUUCAGUCUGUGGCAAAUCUUUCGCUCGGCAGGCGACCCUUGACCGCCAUGAGCGCAGUCAUCGUGGUGACAAGCCAUACAAAUGCAAAGAGUGUGGAAAGAUGUUCACCGAUAGCAGUGAACUGAAAACCCACUCACGCACCCACACUGGCGAAAAGCCAUUCAAAUGCACUUACCCCGGUUGCGACUUUGAGACUGGAGAUUCAUCGAAUAUGUCCAGCCACAGAUUAACCCACGGUGAACGCAAACACAAAUGUCCCUACCCUGGCUGCACCAAGAGCUUUACUCGUCCUGAUCAAUUAAAGCGCCACCAACGCACAACCCACAAAGAGCCCAACUCCACUCUUCCUUCCCCUAGCCCCGACCACUUCGCACUCACACCCUUCACCAUGGUUUAA